CCAGAGAGAGAGAGAUUGUGCUGCUUCAGGCUGAGUUCCCUCACUCUACAGGCUCUGCAGUUCCCAGUCACAGUACAUCACUGAGAUCUCUUUCUUUUAGGUGAAGGUUCUGGAAGGUUUGCUGCGCAGUUGCUGAAAUCUCUGAAUGAAUAUCUGGCAAAGCAUGGAGUGGGGCCGUUAACCCUGAACCCAGAAAUCAGCGAGAAGGCUGAGAAAUGGGCAAAGCACCUGGUAAGCUCCAGAACAUUGCAGCACAGCGACACACCGUAUGGGGAGAAUAUCUGGUGUCAGCAAGGCCACAGCAGUCUGCAGGUUACAGGAUCAGUGCAAGAUACCUUGUGAGUCCAGUUAUUCAGGUCUGUGCUCUUGCAUCCAAGUGUCAGACUGAUAGAAACACACACUUUAAGAUCUGCACCCCUUGUUAGCACAGGUUAUUUCGCACAGUCGGUUUGAAGGGACUCCAAAGAGAUCAGACUCAGCAUGGCAUCUCAUGGUGAAGGUUCUGGAAGGUUUGCUGCGCAGUUGUUGAAAUCUCUGAAUGAAUAUCGGGCAAAGCAUGGAGUGGGGCCGUUAACCCUGAACCCAGAAAUCAGCAAGAAGGCUGAGAAAUGGGCAAAGCACCUGGUAAGCUCCAGAACAUUGCAGCACAGCGACACACCGUAUGGGGAGAAUAUCUGGUGUCAGCAAGGCCACAGCAGUCUGCAGGUUACAGGGCAGGAAGUUGCUGAUUCUUGGUACAAUGAAAUUAAACAUUAUGAUUUCUCCUCUCCUGGAUUUCAGAAGAAUUGCGGUCAUUUCACACAAUUGGUUUGGAGAGAGACCAAGGAGAUCGGGGUUGGCCUGGCAUCUAAUGGCAAAGGUCUCACCAUUGUGGUGGCUCAGUUCAACCCAGUUGGUAACAUCACCAACCCGGGCUACUUUGCUAAAAAUGUCUUGCCCAUUGGCAGCAAGGUGAAGGAGGACAAAGGUGCAUCAGCACAAGGAGAGCGCGGCAAGACACCUGGAACAAGCAAGGUGGCACCACUGGCAGGUGAAGGUUCUGGAGGUUUUGCUGCGCAGUUGCUGAAAUCUCUGAAUGAAUAUCGGGCGAAGCAUGGAGUGGGGCCGUUAACCCUGAACCCAGAAAUCAGCAAGAAGGCUGAGAAAUGGGCAAAGCACCUGGUAAGCUCCAGAACAUUGCAGCACAGCGACACACCGUAUGGGGAGAAUAUCUGGUGUCAGCAAGGCCACAGCAGUCUGCAGGUUACAGGAAAGGAAGUUAUUGAUUCUUGGUACAAUGAAAUUGAAAAUUAUGAUUUCUCCUCUCCCGGAUUUCAGAAGAAUUGUGGUCAUUUCACACAGUUGGUUUGGAGAGAGACCAAAGAGAUCGGGGUUGGACUGGCAUCUGAUGGCAAAGGUCUCACCGUUGUGGUGGCUCAGUUCGACCCGGCCGGUAACAUCACCAACCCAGGCUACUUCCCUAAAAAUGUCUUGCCCGUUGGCAGCAAGGUAAAGGAGGACAAAGGUGCAUCAGCACAAGGAGAGAGCGACAAGACACCUGGAACAAGCAAGGUGGCACCACUACCAGGUUCCGGAGGUUUUGCUGCGCAGUUGCUGAAAUCUCUGAAUGAAUAUCGGGCGAAGCAUGGAGCGGGGCCGUUAACCCUGAACCCAGAAAUCAGCAAGAAGGCUGAGAAAUGGGCAAAGCACCUGGUAAGCUCCAGAACAUUGCAGCACAGCGACACACCGUAUGGGGAGAAUAUCUGGUGUCAGCAAGGCCACAGCAGUCUGCAAGUUACAGGAAAGGAAGCUGUUGAAUCCUGGUACAAUGAAAUUAAAAAUUAUGACUUCUCCUCGCCUGGUUUUCAGAAGAAUUGUGGUCAUUUCACACAGUUGGUUUGGAGAGAGACCGAGGAGAUUGGGGUUGGCCUGGCAUCUGAUGGCAAAGGUCUCACCGUUGUGGUGGCUCAGUUCAAUCCGGCCGGUAACAUCACCAACCCAGGCUACUUUGCUAAAAAUGUCUUGCCCGUCGGCAGCAAGGUGAAGGAGAUCAAAGGUGCAUCAGCACAAGGAGAGAGCGGCAAGACACCUGGAAGACCAGGAACAAGCAGAGUGAUACAACUGUCAGACAAGGAGAAAAAAGCUAUUCUUGAUGAACUGCUUCAAGAACACAACAGGUUACGAGCCCUACACCAGUCACAGCGACUGAAGUUGAACUCUGACCUCUCCAAGCAAGCACAGAAAUGGGCUGAGCAUCUCAUUGGCAUCAAUAGCCUCCAACACAGUGACACCGAGUAUGGAGAGAAUCUCUGGUAUAAAUGGAGCAGCAAUGCAAAGCUACCAACAGGGACCGAAGUGAGUGAAGCCUGGUACAGUGAAAUCAAGAAAUACAACUUCAGUGAUCCGGGUUUUAAGAGUGGGACAGGGCACUUCACCCAGCUGGUGUGGAAGGCAACAAAAGAGAUGGGUGCUGGCUGUGCGACAGAUGGGAAGGGCACGUUCAUGGUGGUGGCAGUUUACAAUCCACCAGGAAAUAUCACCAAUCCUGGCUACUUCAAGGACAAUGUUUUACCUCCCAGUAAAAAUUGACGAAGAAGGAAGAGGAAUGGAGUCAAUUGCCAGACACAGUUGUACCGUACACCAAAACCACCAGGAUUACUGGUACUCUCAUUUGGGACUUAAUUGGAAUUUUAAAUAAGAUUUCUUUCCAGGCUUUGAGUGAUUUUACUAUGAUAUAGCUUUAACAAUACCAUGCAGAUAACACCAACAAACAGAAGACUGCGCAUCCCAAAUUUCCUUCAUUCCAUCAUUGGCGUCUGUAUCUUUAGCUGCCUGGCUCCAAUUCUCUUACUAAGCCUCUCCACCUCUCUACCUCACUUUCCUUAUGUGGCUUGGUGUGAGAUUAUGUUUAAUAUCAUUCUUGUGAAGUGCACUGGGAUAUUUUACUAUGCUAAAAGUGCUAUAUAAAUACAAGUUGUUGUUGGAAUAUACUCGGAGUAUGAUGUAACGAAGUACUUUGUGUAUUCCUGCAAUUCUGGUCACUGUAAUCGGUACAGGAUUUUGAAGGAGCAAAACCGUUUUUGUAUUGCUUAUCAAAGGGUUCUUUUGGGUCAAAAUUUCUUUAAAAAAACAACUCUACUGGAGUUAUGGGCAAAGAAAUGCUUUGGAUUUCUCCCAGCAGUGUGUAUUCCUUUCUACAAGCUGGAGCUGACCAAGGGAGAUCAGGCACUUUAACUUGCUUGUUGACUUGCUUCACCUUCUAUUGGGUCCUGUUCUUACUCUCACUCUCCAAUCCACUCCAUGCUCUGAUUUUAAACACUUUCUGAUUACAGUCAGGCUUUCCUUUCCUCCACCUGGUGAAUCUAAAAGCAUACAGGCCUCCUUCUGAGCCUUGACAAUGCACCACAGUAACAUUGUUUUGAAAUUAAGUAGUCACGUUUGCAGUAAGACUUUCUCAUGAUGGGCUGAAUGUUCACCAAGUCGGGAAGUCUCAGGAGCUCUCUAAAGAUGGCAGGCGGGUCCCGAUUCCAGGAUUCCCGACCCCAUUCCCAGACUGUCUGAUUUUUGAGAGUGCCUUUAAAGGUUGCAGGCUGAUCCCUGUCAAAAGCCUGCUUUCAGCACUCUUGACCUGGCCUGCUCCAUUGUGAAGACAGGCAUGUCUUACUCCUCCGCAAUUUUCAUGGAGUCGGUCCAAGUUUUUAAAGAGUCGAUGUUCACAGCCCCUCAGAGGAGUCAUGAGCCAUAGUGUGCAUGAGGGGGAUUUUUUAAAAGGUGAGUUCAAAAAGUCCUCAUACCCCAAUGCCAAGCUAUUCAUACGUACAUAAUGAGGCUAUGCUAAGAGCCAGACAAACAUUAUUCCUGUUGAAACAGCUCUGCCCCAGAGAAACCAUUGCUUAAUUGACAGCUCAGACUUUCUCAUCUCUGCUGUCAAUUUCACUAUGUUUAUUUACACAAGGUUAAGUGGUUUCAAGGGCUUAUGGUUUUUGUUAUUGAUACUUUAAAGGGCCUGGAUGAUGGACAUUUAUUUUGCCUGUAGUGAAGUUACUUUUUCCUGACAUGGUGGAAAGUUACUUUUCAAAAAAACUUUGUUAUUUGCACAUCCUGCCGUCACUAUCGGAUUCAUUGAUGCAUUAUACACUGUGUAGAACCUAUGGGCAUGAAAAUACCUUAGCUUGGGAUUGGGGGUAUAUUGGCUGUCUCCAAACUCUUGGGUGUAUAUUGGCUGCCUCCAAACUCUUUCGCAGGUUGGCUGGCCUGACUCCAGCUUGCACUUGCCCCCUGACAACGAAGAUCCCACCAUUGUGAGCACUUUCUCCCAAGGCUGGUGGGACGAGCUAGAAAUUUCCCUGACUCCCGCUACCCACUUCGAGGUGUAAAUUCAGGCCAAUGUAACUGAAACAUUUCUCUUCAGAAUCUGGAAACAUUCAUCCACUUUUAAGGCAUCAGGUGUUCAGCACACAUGAGGCUGAGCAAGUGACUGUUCUCGGUAUCUGGUUGCCAGUGCAUGCUGCAUUGACACUGAUGCCAGUUUGUGCCAGUGAAUCACAAUGGACGACGGAAGGUGUUUUGUCACCCUUCAGCAAGGAUCGCCAACUCCGGUAGUCCAUGUUUCUGGAGAUCUCAUCACAUGAUUUCUGACCUCCAAUCAUAUCCAAACAGCCUUCCACACCCCACACCCAUCACCAAUAUAUUUUAACAAAUAAAUGGAAGAGCUCAAAGAAGAUUAAACGGUCACUACCUCUAUGAUAUUUUUCUAGGGGAGGUUAAACAUUAAUUGCUGAAGACUUCAAGGGUCUCUGGAGGGUUGGAAACUCUGACCCCAGUUGGAACCCUUCCAGCUUCAUUUUCUACCAUUGCCAUUGGCAAAUAUAACUUUACCAUGAGUGUCACCUGAUGUGAGUAAGCCUCAGUGAUGUAAACGUUGACUGUGACUGAUUCUGAACCAUGUGUCUGAUCUGCUGAUUUUCACUUGUGAUGUUGGGAUCUGUUUAAACAUGAAUGUAGAACUCAAAACUUUGAAUUACAAACAGGGUGAAAGGUGUCCAAGAUACAUGUUUUGUGUUAAUGUUAUGACUCUUCCAUGAUUCUGAUGUAACCAAUUGUACUCUUGUGGGAUAGUCUUCAAAUAAAAAUUGUUAAUGAUCA